AUGGGUAAGGACUACAAGUACGGUGGUGGCUAUCGUCCAUAUGGGUAUGCUCCGGCUCCUGCGGCUCCAUCAAUGGAGAUCACCAUAAACCAGAACCAAGGAUCUUCUUCUUCUUCCUCCCUGCCCCGCUAUGGUAACGCUUCUGCUUCAUCUCUCCCACGACGUUGUGCCCCUCCAUCCGCUCCACCACCGCCACCUCCAGAAUAUUGUGUUCCAGAUCAACCUGGCUUCAAUCCUAUGUGGUUCGAUCGAUUCCCAAGAAGAGAAAAUCGAGGAAUGUUCAGAUUGUGUCUUGUCGAGCUCAUGCUAGCUGUGGUGAUUCUUGGUGGCGGUAUAUGGUGCUAUCGUGAUACUUCGGAUUACUGUCCGUACUACUCUGCGAUCUGGACUUCUGCUAUUUACGUGAUCAAUGCGAUCGUAGGCUCAGUUGCCGCCAAAGUUGGAGCUCUCAACUUGUACAUGGCUCAUUUGACACUUUCGUUGGUUUCUGUCAUGAUGUGCCUAAUCAGUGGAGGUCUGUCAGCUAGAAAUUGGGCUCUUGUUGGCACUUAUCAUCAUCCGAGAAUCGAUCGUGAUGAGGCAUUCUGUCUGUUGGGAACCCAUGAUACCAGCAGAAUUUCGUACAUUUUCUCCCACAUGGACAAGUACGAUUUUGCCAAGUGUCUCUGGCAAUUGAAGGUUGGAGUCGCUGUAAACUCUGUGCAAUUCGUAAUUGCUGCUAUCGAAGUGUUUCUCAACAUUCUGUCAGCGAUUCUGUGCAUGAAGAGAACCUGCACAUCAUUUUCUUAA